AUGUCCAAGAGUGCCGGUAAAAUAAGACUACUAGUCAGUAAAUAUUUCCGGCCAAAGUGUAAGAAGGAGAUAUUGCCAACAUAUCUCUCACUUAAACGGUCUAGCAGAAUACCAAUAUCAACUACCAAAAUGUAUUCACUGGACACAGUGCCGUCGAAUAUAUAUUCAAAAUAUAUACAAGAUCACACUAAUGGCUACAACAAUUGA